UUUGUCUUUUUCUUCUGGUUUCCCCAAAGGCCCAAAUCAAAUUACUAGUUUGAAGGAAGGAGCGAGCGAUGUCAGAUAAGAAGAAGACAAAGACGCCGUGACGUGGUAUGUAUCUGAAAAUGCUGGAUGGUCCGGUGAUGGUGGAUGAGAUUCUUACAAUGGAAUCUGAGCUGAUCGGUCGCUUUUACGAGUAUGAAUAUCACGGCGAGCUCUCUCUCAGAAUCAAAAACAGCAUCCUUAUAAAAGUUAUCGACUUCUGCAAGAAAUGCGCAGAGAUCAGGAUCCAGCAUUCGAAUUCUGAUGAUGACGAAAAAGUCCUCCAAGACAAGUUGAAGGAUUUCGAUGCCGAUUUUAUCAAACCCUUUCAGAGUGAUGAUGCUGCUCUAUUUCAUCUUAUGGAUGCUGCUUGCAAGUUGGAAAUCAAUAUCCUUAUGGACAUGCUGAUGGACUAUGUUGCUGACGUAAUGACUCGAACGAAUCCUGAAGAUCUCGGCAAGUUCUUCUUCAUAUAUUAUAAUGGUAGUGAUCGUUUGCUUAACUCGAUGAAAAACAUCAUUGGUAUCACCCGUUGGGUUUUGAAAUAAUCAUAAAUCGUCAUCUAGCUUCUUGUAUAAUUAUCCUAUUAGUCUAAAUUGACUGAAUGCUACACAUGCUGCUGAUGUAUUAUUAUUAUUAAGUAGUAUGUCUCCAAUUAA